AUGAAAGAUAAUAAAAUGAGUAAGAAUAAUAUAUUUAUAUAUAAUGAGAAAGUUAAAGAAUUAUUGUAUGAACUUAUUUUGUUAACUAAUAAGCUAUCGAUAUAUAGAAAGAAAUAUAUUAAAUAUAUAAGAAGAAAGAUUGAUUAUGAUAAAUAUAAAUCUAAAUCUAAAUUUAAUAAUAAUGAUGAUAAUUAUGCAUUUUUAUUGUUUAAGAAUUUUAAUUAUAAUAACGAAUUUUUAAUACAUAAAUAUGUAAAAUUUAAAGAAGGGAAAAGGAGGUAUAUUUCAAAUGGGAAGCAUAAAAAAGAAUUGAAUUCUUCUUAUGAUAUCCUUGAAUAUUAUGAUAAAUUUAUAAAUAACUUAUUAUAUUUAUGUAAUAAUCAUACAGAUAUAUAUAUCGAAUUUUUAUAUGUUUUAUUAAUAAACAGUCAAUUAUAUAAUCGUUUUCUUUUUUUAAGUACAUACAUAUCCGGGGAUAAAAAAGACCACUUCCUUUAUUUAAUAUAUAAUCAUUUUUUAAUAUUGGUAGAAUAUUAUUAUUAUUAUAAAAACUCUUUAUAUUUCGAUGAUCUAUAUAACAACUUGAAGAAUACUUAUGACAAGAUACAAACCAAAGAUAACGAUAAAGAACAUUACAUUGAAAUAAAAAAUAUAAAUCAGAAUCAUCAAAAAGGGAACCACAAGAAUUUAUGUUCUAACAAGGAUAUAAAAACAAGCGCAGUAUCACCUAUACAAAAUUUUAAAAAAGAUCCAUAUACCCAUUUUUACAAAAAAGAAAGAGUAGAAUUUCUUUAUAAUUACUCAAACAAAAGAAAUGAAAAUUUUUUUAAUAUUAAUAAUUGUAAGUGCUCUAGUAAGGAGAGUAAUCAAUCCUUCUCAGAAUAUGAAUCAUUAAAGAAGAAAGCAAAUGAAAAAUCUAUAUUUUUUAAUAAAGAAGAAAAUGUUCAUUAUGUAGAUGAUGAUAAGAAUGAUAAUAGGUUGUUGAAUGAAAAUGCCCAUAAAAAAAAAAAAAAAGGAAAAGAGACAAAAAAUAUUUUUAAUAAAUUUUUUUUUAAUUUAUCUGAAAGUCAAAAUAGUCUUAGAAAUUUAUAUCAAAAUUUUUAUUCAAAAAAUAAAAAUAGGUCGUACGAUUUACAAUUCAUAGAUAACAAAAAAAGAAAUUCAUUACAAAAUAAAUGUUUCUUAUUUACAAAUGUAAAUAAUUUUAAUAUUAAACAAUAUUAUAAACUGAAACAUAUAUUUUCUAUAUUUCAAAAAUUAAAAAUCGAACAUUUAUAUAUUUUAUUAUAUUUCUCUUUGUCUAUAUUAUCAACAUUAUUUCAUAUAUAUUUGACGAGAAUUAUGCUUAAUCAAAAAAACCCUUUUUUUAUAAGUACUUAUUUGUUUUAUUUAUCUAAAAAGGUUAAGAAUAAAAUUUUUAAUAAUUUAUAUAAAUAUAUACAACCUAAUAAAGAUUGUACGAAUAGGUAUAUGUUUAAAAGUGAUGACAUACAAGAACAAAAAAAAAAAAAAAAAAUAAUAAAUAAUGAUACGUUGAUAAAUGAGUAUGUAUCAAAUCAAAUUGGAAAUUCACUGAAUGGGGGAAAAUUAUAUUUUCACGUUACAAAAAAUAGCAAAAAUAAUAAUAAUAAUAAUAAUAAGGAUAAUUAUGAUAAUAAUUAUGAUGAUAAUAAUAAUAAGGAUAAUUAUGAUAACAAUUAUGAUAACAAUUAUGAUAACAAUUAUGAUGAUAAUAAUAAUUGUCGUGUACACGAAAAAGAUAUAACUGAUCAAGAUGUAUCUAUACAUUAUUUAAUUAAAAAAUACAAACACAAUAUAGAUAACCAAUUUGUUAAUUUAUAUUAUAAAAAUAAACAUAACACAUCUAAUGAUUCUAUUACAUUGAUCAACCAUUUAACAUGUGAGAAUUCACUACAAAAUCUGAACAAAUUAAAUGUGAAUCAUAUUAUUAAUAAAUUUACAAAAGAAAAACAAAACGAUAUAGACAAUAUGGAUUCAUUUGAUUAUAAUAUAAAAAUGUUACAUACACUUCAACUUAAAGAUAAUUUAAAAAAAUUGAACUUUCAAAUUAUUAAUACAAAACAUGAAAACGAUAUAUUAGAAGAUUGUAACGGUGUACUAGAAAAUAUAAUAAAUAAAGAAGAAUAUAAUAUCCUAUCGGAAGGAGAUGAAAAAACAAAAGAUAAAGGAAAUAAAAAUGAAAAAAGAGAAGCAUGCAAUCAAUAUAAUCAUUAUGAUGAUAAUAUUCAUUACAUACAUAUAACACAACGUAAGAAUGAUAUAAUAAAAGAAAAUAAUAAAAGUAAUGAUGAACCUAUUGUUGAAGUAUGCAAAAUAUAUGAUAAGUCAAAGAAACCUAUUAAUUUUCCUCAGGAAUAUAUUAAUAAAGAUAAAUUUUAUAAAUUUAUUAAACAUCAUUUAGAAAUGGAAUAUAUUUAUUUGUAUUAUAAAAAUGUCGAAAAAGAGAAAUUAUUAAAUUAUGUAGGUUUUGAAAAUCUAAUAAAAAGCUUGAGUAUCAUAUGCAAUGAACAAUUCUUUUCUUUUUAUAUGAAUAAAAUAAAUGUGAAAAAUAUGUAUGAAGAUAAUGAUAAUAUAUUAAAUGAAGCUCAUAAUGUGAAUAAACAUACUAUAAAAAAAAAAAUCGGAAAAAAUAAAGAACAUGAAGAAAAAAAUCCCCAUGAAUCAAAUGAAGAAGGAGAAGAAGAAGAUGAAGAAGAAGAAGAAUAUAAUAUUGACACAUUACAUUUAAAUAGUAUAUAUAAAGAACCUACAUUAAUCAAUAAUGAAUAUAUUAAAAAAAAAAUUAAAAGAAAUAAAUUAUAUACAUACAAAUUAUUCAAUAAUCAAAUAGAAACUUUAUUAAACUCAAAAGAAUUAAUGGAGUAUAUAAAAAAACAAAAAGAGACAAAAAAAAAAAAAAAUAAAAGUGAAUUACAAAAUGAUGAUUUUCUUUAUAUACAAUCACAAAAUGAUAAUAAUAUUAUAAAUAAUAAAGAUCAACAUAUAUAUAAUGAUAUAUUCAAAUUUAUACAAAAUAAAAAUUAUCACAAUAAAAAUGAUGAUAUUAUACAUUCAAAUUGUAGUUCAUAUGAAAAUAGUGAUUCAAGUGAUAAUUUAACAUUAUAUAAUUAUUCAAAAAAUUAUUAUCAUGAAAAUAAUGUAAUUCUAGAUUCUUUUCUUUUUUUUAUAAUUCAUAUAUUUUAUACCUUCUUACAUUUUCAUAAUGUAUAUUUUUCAUCACCCUAUUUGAAUCUAUUCUUAUCCUUUUCUAUUAAGCUAAUUUAUAAAUAUAAAAAUGUACUGCAAUGUCCAUCAAAUGAUUAUAAUAUGGACAUGUCUCUAGAUCCAUCCCAUUUAUCAUAUGAAAAAAGAGAAAAUGGACCUACCACAAAUUAUGACUUACCCGAGCAAAACAUCCGUUCGUCAAAUAAACCCUUUAACCAAAUUAAUCUUUUGAGAAGAAAAAAAAAUAUUCAAAAAACAUGCACACCUUAUAAUAAUAGUAAGAAUCAUAUAUAUAAUGCUUGCUCUUCUGAAGAUAUAACAAGUAUUAAUGAAGAGGUAUGUAACGUACCAAAUAUAAUAGAACUUAUUAUAAAAAAACAAAAAUUCAUAAACAAAAAACAAAAGAAAAAUUAUUGGCUUAUAGGAAAUGAUAUAUUUUUAUUUGGAAAAGAUAAAACAAAAGAAUUUUUACCUAACACAUUUGACAUAAUUAUCAACUCUUUUUUCGAUUUAUGUAUAUCUAUAUGUAGUAUGAAUUUUAAAUAUAUAUCUCAAAAAAAACAAAAAUUAAAUAUGUCAUAUUUUUGUAAUAAUAUUAUUUUUUAUCAUCAUAUUAUAAAUAAAUCCUAUAAUGACAAAGCCUUAGAUCUAUUCAAUAGAAAUAAUUAUAAUCAUUCACUUGAAUGCUAUUCUUAUUAUUUUGAUGAAUUAAAAAAUGAUCAAAGUUUUAUUGAUCAUUUUGGAAAAUAUAAAAACACGGAUAAUACUAUUUUUGGACAUAACAUAGCUAGCCAAAAAAAAAAAAAAAUAAUCAAUAAUAAUAAAAUUAUAUCCAAUACUAAUAAGAACAAUAAUCAUAUAAAUGAUAUGAUAGGAAUGUAUAAAACAAAAGAAUUAUCAAGUAAUAGUUCGAAUAUAUUAAAUGAGAAUAAUUUAAUAAAAAGGAAAUCAAAAAAAAAAAAAAAAGAAAAUAACCACAAAAAUGAAAAUAACCACAAAAAUGAAAAUAACCAUAAAAAUGAAAAUAACCACAAAAAUGAAAAUAGUAAUAAUUCAUUUGAUUGUACACCAAAUUAUUAUAAUGAUGAUAAUAAUUAUAAAGGUUAUCUUUCCAUUAGUAGUGAUGAAAGCUUAAACUUUUUAAAAUAUAUUAAAAAGAAAACAACAAAUCGAAUAUAUAUAGAUGAAAAUAAUAUAAUAAAUAUGCUUAUUAAUAUUGGAUGUAUUUUUAUGAAUAAUAUAAAAUAUAAUGCGACUAUUACAUUAAAUCAUAUUUAUAAAAUUAAUCAAUAUGAUCUUCUAAGCGAUAGACAAAAAUUCUACAAUUAUAUACAGAAAUCAUUUUAUAAUAAUAAACAUAUGACAUUUCCAUAUAUAUAUAAUCAAUAUUUUUUAUCUUUCUUCUUCUUUUUUAAAAUUCAUUAUCUUUUCUUUUUAAUAAAGUUUAAAUGUGAAAAUGAAAUUUUUCUUAAGGCUUAUUGGUUUCUCCAUGCCGUAUAUAAUAUAACUCAAAAUUGA